AGUGACAGCCGGAAGUAGUGUUCGACAGACCGGGUGACGUGUCUAGUGUAGAGAUGGCCGCCCAAGGAGAAGUGGAUGAGCUGUUCGAUGUAAAGAACUGGUUCUAUAUUGGAAGUUACCAGCAGAGCAUUAACGAGGCUCAGAAAGUGAAGGCUUCAAGCCCUGAGAAAGAAGUGGAGAGAGAUGUAUUUCUGUACAGAGCAUAUAUAGCACAGAAAAAGUAUGGCGUAGUCCUGGAUGAAAUCCGCCCAAAUGCCAGUCAAGAGCUGCAGGCUGUGCGCAUGUUUGCAGAAUAUCUAUCCAAUGAAAGCCGCAGGGAUGCCAUUGUCUCUGAGCUUGAUAAGAAAAUGGCCAAGAGUGUGGAUGUCACCAACACAACCUUUCUGCUAAUGGCAGCUUCAAUUUAUUUUCAUGAUGGCAAUACAGAUGCUGCUCUGAGAGUUCUCCACCAAGGAGACAGUCUGGAAUGCUUGGCAACAAUAAUCCAAAUAUUGCUGAAAAUUGACAGACUAGAUCUAGCUCGCAAAGAAUUGAAGAAAAUGGUAGAGAUGGAUGAAGAUACAACACUAACGCAACUUGCAACCGCAUGGGUUAAUAUUGCUAUGGGUGGUGAUAAACUGCAGGACGCCUACUAUAUCUUUCAAGAAAUGUCUGACAAGUACUCAUCUACUCUCCUGCUACUAAACGGACAGGCCACUUGUUAUAUGGGACAGGGCAAGUGGGAAGAUGCGGAGGGGGUCCUUCAGGAAGCCCUGGACAAGGACAGCAGCCAUCCUGAAACUCUGAUUAAUUUUAUUGUACUCACUCAGCACAUUGGCAAGCCACCAGAGGUCACAAACCGUUAUGUAUCUCAGCUGAAAGAUGGACACAGAAAUCAUCCAUUUAUUAAAGAAUUCCAAGCUAAGGAAAAUGAAUUUGACCGCCUUGUCCUUCAGUAUGCUCCCAGCUCAUGAAUCAAACCUGAUUAAUUUAUAUUUGUAAGCUUUGGAAACAGGCUGAAAUGCUUUCAAGAGAAAUCACGAUCUGCUUUAUAACGAUUAUUUGUGACUUUGUAAAGUUAAUAUAGUUGGCUUACAGUGGAUACUUCCCGAGGAGAACAUGAGCUAUUUCUACAAAUUUUCAUUGUAGUGUACUCCAUUUGUUUCCUUUUGUUCCUGUCAACAUUCCCAAUAAAACAUCUUCUUAUUUUUUUUUA